AUGCUGCCGCCCGAUGGGCGGCGCGCGGCGCGCGACCAGCUGGUUGAGGCGCUGCGGCCCACGCAGGGCAUGCUGGCCCAGAUCUCAUCGGAUCCAGUGCUGGCGGCCGGCUUUGAGGACCCUGAGGUCAUGGCGGCGGUGGCCGAGGUGGCGGCCGACCCCGCCGCGCUAGCAAAGCACCGUGGCAACGCCAAAGUGAUGCGGUUCUAUGCAGCAAUGGGCGGCUUGGUGGGCGGCAGGCUGGAGGAGAUAGGCAACAGCGACGGCGGCAGCGGCAAGGGCGGGGGCAGCGGGGGCCAUCCGGACAAGGCCGGCGGGCGGCAGGUGGAGGCGGCAGUGGUGCCUCUGGCACGUGUCGCGGCGGCGGGUGGGCAGCACCACCAGCAUCAGCAGCAGCGCAUGGAGGUGCGUUGGCGGGAAUGA